UGGAGGCGGCCGCCAUGGCGGCGGGGCUGCCGGGUACGCCCGGCCCCGGCUGCGGCUCGCCCCGCCCGGCGGCAGGGCCCGGAGAGAGGCGGAGGGAGGCCGGUGAGGCGAUGAGCGGCGGGGCCGGGGCCCUGCCGGCCGUGUGGGGCCGUGGUGUGGAAAAUGAAAUAGAGCCGCUUCUACAGAGCGUUUCUCUACCUGCUGCUGAACCAGCCUUCUUCACGAGCUGCUCAAAUCCAGCCUGCGCUGCGCUCCUCUAGAGUGGUUUUAAGCAGCGCAAGCAUUUCAGAGACCAGCAGUUCUCGCUUCCACAUGGUGCUUCCAGAAGGUUGUUACAAAACCGCCACCUAGGAAGUUAAAGAUACGCUUGAUGACAUCUCUGCGUGACUGCUGCAGCAGCUCCUCUGGCCGUCGCGGAGCAGGUGGCACUGCACGUGCUAUUCGUGGCACCUGGCAUUCAGACCGAGCGGAGCUGGGGGAUCAGGUUCUCCACAGCUACCCCAUUCUGGGUGUUUGGACCCCAGCUCAGCUACACAGUGGCAGUGACAGAAAUUACCUGAAGACAGAAAGGGCUGCAUUCCACAAUGUUGAGAGGAGUCACUCGUGGUGCAAGAGAUACAUUCACACUCCUGCUGGCGAGGUCUCAGUACUGUAACCCCGGACUGAAGGUUUUGUCCUCACGGACUGAAGCACCAAACAGAAGCUUCUUAACACAUUCCACGUAUACAACCGAUACGAAAUCGAGAGAGGAAAAUAAGAAGACCAUUGAGAGUCUCUACAGGUUGUCGGUUGACGUUAAGAAAAUACGCAGGCUGAAGGAGUGGGUCCUUCUCCAGGAGGUGGCCUACGUUCAGGAAGUUGCUGGCAUCUUACAAGAAAUGGGAGCAGAUGAGCCCGCCGUAGCCAAUAUUUUAGAACGUUGCCCAGAGGCAAUUCUCCGUAGUCCUGCAGAGAUAAACGCUCAGAGAGCUCUAUGGCAAUUAGUGUGCCAGAAUGAAAAACAGUUGAUUAAAUUAAUAGAGCAGUUUCCAGAGUCUUUUUUCACUACUGGGUAUCACGAGAACCAGAAAGCAAACAUUCUGUUCUUUCAAGAGCUAGGACUUAAGAAUAAUAUAAUCACCCGGUUCUUAACAAGCGCACCCAAUAUUUUCUGCAGUCCUGUUGAAAAAAAUAAAAAAGUGAUAGAGACGUUACAGAGAAAUUAUCUAAGUUUAGGAGGUUCUGAUGCCAACAUGAAGGUCUGGAUACUGAAGUUACUGAGCCAGAAUCCAUUUAUUUUAUUAAAUACCUCCACUGCAAUCCAAGAGAACUUGGAAUUUCUCCAGAAGAGUGAUUUCAGUGACCAAGAAGUACUACAGCUGCUGUCUAAACUUAAAGGUUUUAUUUUUCAGCUUACUCCGACCACUAUGCAGAAGAGCAUGCUUUUUUCCAAAAACGUCUUUAAGUGCAGUGAUCAAGAAUUAAAAGAACUAGUGCUGAAAUGCCCGGCCCUUCUCUACUAUUCUGUUCCAAUUCUGGAAGAAAGACUCGGAGGACUGCUGAAGGAAGGAAUUUCUAUCGCGCAGAUUAGAGAGACACCAAUGGUGCUGGAGCUGACAACGCAAAUUGUCCAGUACAGAAUUAAAAAACUCUCUGCUUUGGGAUAUAAUGUAAAGAGCGGAAGCCUAGAAAGCUUAAACGGCACUAAGAAAGAUUUUGAAGUCAAUUACGGCAAGAUACAGUCAAAGAAGGAGAGACCAAUGUUUAAUCCUGUUGCUCCUCUAAACACUCAAGACUAAUUUGAAUGCUGUAUUUUAAGUUAUGCAGAAGAAAAUGAUUAAAGAGGUCUGGGUUCUCUGAUAAGAGCUGAAACAAAAGUCAUCUUCACCAGACUGUAGUCGUAGCUGUGCUUUGUCCAGGUGUGGGUUUUACAUGCACAACUUCAUUGUACAAUUGUAGCCUUCUAAUACUUCCAGGUAGUAUCGUAGAAGCUGGCUGUGGGAAAGGUUGAUUCAUCACGUACAUAAAGACUCAUUUAUCCCCCAGGGAGCAUCUCAUGGCUUUUUGGUUCUGUUGCGUUUCCUCAUCUAACUGGCCACGAGCAUCUUUGGCUUUUUAGUGCCAUCACCACACACUCCAGCCUGGGGUAGGGGUUAGGGAGAGACUCAGAUGGGCCCCAAAUGCUUGGGGAAAGGAAGAAGCCCCACUGUUACAUGGGUGUAACGAAACUCCAGCCUGUAAACCACUGGUGAUUAAAAAUGACCAUCAGCUCUGCAAACAGCUGCCGCAGUUUCUAAAUA